AUGGAUCGGAGGUCCCGGGCUCACCAGUGGCGCCGAGCUCGCCAUAAUUACCACGAUCUCUGCCCACCCAUCGGCCGCCGGACAGCCACCGCACUCCUCUGGCUCUCCUGCUCCAUCGCGCUCCUCCGCGCCCUUGCUGCCUCCAACGCCCGCGCCCAGCAGCGCGCGGCUGCCCAGCAGCAGCAGCAGCAGCAGCAGCAGCAGCAGCGCCGGAGCUUCCUUAACGCCCACCACCGCUCCGGCGCCCAGGUAUACCCUGAUUCCCCCGAAUCCGAAUCUGACCGCGAGACCGAGGAGGUAGACUUCGAGCCGUCCCUCCCUGAGUGCCUAGAGUACGAAGACGACUUCGAGUACGAGACCGAGUCCGAGUCCGAGUCCGAGUCUGAAAUAGAGUCGGAGACCGACUUCGAGACCGAGACCGACACCGCUCCCACCACUGAGCCCGAGACCGAGCCGGAAGACGAGCGAGGACCCGUGGUGCCCAAGCAGUCCACCUUCCCCCAGUCUCUAACCGAGCGACUGCAAGCUCUCAAGUUGCGAAGCCCCGACGCCUCCCCAAGUCGCGCAGGACCCAGCACUCAGGAGCCCCAGAACACCACUGAGGGGGAGGAGCCCGAGAAAACGCCUGAGCCCGAGUACCAGGAUCCGAGGAACCCCGAAGAGUCCGAGGAGUCCAAGGAGAAGAAGCGGCAGCGCCGCUGCAAGCCGAAGAAGUCCCCCCGCCGCGACCCGUCCCCGGAGUCCCCGAAGAAAAAGGGGCCCAUCCCCAUCCGGCGUCACUAAUGGAGGACGCCGUCCAGAUUCUCCUUGUUUUCAUGGAUUCAGGUCAGUUGACUAC